CCAUCAUCUCCAGCAGCAGCAGCAGCAGCAGCAGCAGCAGCAGCAGCAGCAGCAGCAGCAGCAGCAGCAGCUGCAGCCUCCGGCGCCGUCCGCGCCGGAUCCGAAGCUGUUGAUCCGCCACUCGGACCCAUCCGCGCUCCCGCGGGACAUCCAGGAGAAGCCCCAGCAGGAGCUGUUGGGGGUGGAGGUGGAGGUGGAGGUGGGGGGGACUCAGACAGCUUUUUGCCACUCAGACCCCCUGGGGGAUGGGAGGCGGCGUCGUUCACGCGCAAUCAGUGGCACGUAAGUGGAUCUGCUGCACGGCGUCCCCGCGGCGCCAGGACGCACCGAUGGAGGAUUCUGGACGCGUCACGCAAUCACGGCAAUCCGCGAGUCCGCAGCGGCCGGUGGGUGAUGCGAGCUGAGCCGUGGGUGGUGUAGCCCCCCCCCACCACCCCCUAACCCCCCCGCAUCCCGCACACCCCCCACCCACCGCCGCGUCCGCCAGCUCUCCGUCCAGCCGGAGCGCAGCCGCGCCCCCCGCUCCGCCGGCAGCAUGUCCCGCGCCGCGGCCAUCGCCAGCUCCCUCAUCCGGCAGAAGCGCCAGGCGCGGGAGCGGGAGAAGGCGAACGCGUGCCGCGGCAGCAGCAGCCCCAGCAACAGCAAGGGCAACAACGACAAGCCCAGCAAGCUCAAUGUGUUCUCGCGCGUCAAGCUGUUCGGCUCCAGGAAGAAACGGAAGAGAAGGCGACCGCCAGAGCCCCAGUUAAAGGGCAUUGUGACCAGGCUCUCCAGUCGCCAGGGCUUCCAGCUGCAAAUGCAGCCUGAUGGCACCAUUGAUGGAACCAAGGAUGAAGACAGCACCUACGCUGUCUUCAACCUGAUCCCCGUGGGGCUCCGGGUCGUGGCCAUCCAGGGUGUCCAGACCAAACUCUACCUGGCGAUGAACAACGAAGGCUUUCUCUACACCUCGGAACAUUUCACUCCGGAGUGCAAGUUCAAGGAGUCGGUGUUUGAGAACUACUACGUCACCUACUCCUCCAUGCUGUACCGGCAGCAGGCCUCGGGCCGGGCCUGGUACCUGGGACUCAACAAGGACGGGGCCAUCAUGAAGGGGAACCACGUCAAGAAGAACAAGCCUGCUGCACACUUCAUCCCCAAGCCGCUCAAAGUGGCCAUGUACAGGGAGCCGUCCCUGCACGACCUGACAGAACUCUCCCGCUCCGGCAGCGGCACGCCCACCAAGAGCCGCAGCGCGUCCGCCCUGCUCAACGGCGGAGGGAAGUCGCCGAGCAACCACGACUUAUCCUAACCUCU